UGUAAACAAAUGAAAGACCAGCAAGUGUCUGUUAAUUUCUAGGGUUUUGGUUCUAAAAAUACAAGAAAUUUGAUCUAUAAGAGAAGACAAUUAAUUGAUUAAGGAAAUGGAAGAGUUAACGAAACCAGUUAAUGAAGACAUUUUACAACCCAAUAUAACUACAGAUAACAUAGAGUUGAUUGGUAUUAAUAAUUUAAAAGGUUUAAUUAAUAAGCCUGUUAACGAAGGUGUUCCUAUGUUUACCAAUGAUAAUGAUGAAUUGAAUGAGAUCAGAGACUAUGAUGAUGAUGAUGAUGAUGAUGAUGAACUCGGUUUUGAUUUUGAGGAAGAAGAAGAAGAUUCUAUAAUCAGUGAACCAGUGUAUCCUAUAACAGAAGAAGAAAAAAUCACCUGGCACGAACAAAUACGAAUGAUUCAUCUGAGAAGUCAUAUUAAUGAACUGGAUGAGAAAGUCAAAAGUUGUACGUAUGAAACAGAAAAAACUAGAGAAGAAUUAAAACAAUGUAGAAAUCAGAUUAAUUUAAUAGAAAGAAAACGAGAUGAAACAUUUAUUCAGAUUGAAACAGCAGAAACAGAUGAUAAUAUAGCUGCUGUAUAUCGUUUAAAAUCAGCCCAUGAUAAAUUAGUAAAAGAAUUAGAAUCAGAAGAAGAACUGGAAGAGAAAAUAGCAGCUAGACUGGAAGAAACAGAAUAUGAGUUAUGGAAAGCGGAAGUAGAAAAAGGAAAGUUUUUAUUGGCUGAAAAUGAAUUGAAAUAUAAAGAACAGCUGUUAGUUCGAGAGAAAACCAACCACGCUUUAAAUAGACUGACUAAAGAGGAGAAAUUAGCCAAAAUAAC